AUGGGGAAUACUCAGAAAAAGUUUACAAAGAGACCCUUUGAAAAGCAGGAGGAGGCCGAUCAGACCCCCAAGCACAACAAGGCUAGCAAUCAGAAUGGAGUAAAGAACGACAACAGCAAUCUACAGGCGAAGGAUCCUCCCGAAUACAAGGCGAAGCCUGGACAUGGCAGCACACAAGCCCCUACCACUGAGGUCACAUCCCAGACUGGCAGCCAGGAAGCCAAGCUGUCAUCCGAGCUCCUUUCUCCAUCAGCAAGGCUGAAAGCCGAAGGCAACCAGCUUUUUAAGAAUGGCCAGUUUGGGGAGGCCGCCGUCAAAUACGCCGAGGCAAUUGAAAAUCUCAAGAACACAGGAGCUGAGGACGCUGAGGAGCUGGGGAUCAUCUACUCUAACAGAGCCGCCUGUCACCUCAAGGAUGGGAACAGCUUACAGUGCAUUGAAGACUGCAACAAGGCCCUGGAACUCCAGCCAUUCUCCAUUAAGCCUCUGUUAAGAAGAGCAAUGGCAUAUGAGUCCCUUGAGCGGUACCGACAGGCAUAUGUGGACUAUAAGGUGGCACUUCAGAUAGACAGCGGGACACAGUUGGCCAAUGACAGUAUCAACAGAAUUACAAAAACAUUAAUUGAUCUGGAUGGGCCAAACUGGAGAGAGAAACUGCCACCAAUUCCAUCGGUGCCUGUGUCCAUGCAGAUUCACCUGCAAGAGAAAACCAUGGCCGCUGCAAAGACUUCAAAGAACAGCAGACCAGAAAAGGACACUGGAAAAUCGUCCAAGGAAAGAUUCGAGUCUUUGAAGCAGGAAGGGAAUGAUUAUGUGAAGAAGUCUCACUAUAGAGAAGCUGUAAAGAAAUACACAGAGUGUUUACAGAUAAAUCCAGAGGAAUGUACCAUAUACACCAACAGGGCCCUAUGCUAUCUGAAACUGUGCCAGUAUGAAGAGGCCAGACAUGACUGUGACUGUGCCCUGCGCAGGGAUGCUUCUAAUAUCAAGGCUUUGUACAGGCGAGCUCAGGCCUACAAAGGAUUAGAGAAUUAUCAAGAUUGUGCCAGUGAUCUUCGGAAAGUGAUCUCUCUAGAUCCAGGAGUCCAGGAAGCCAGUACUUUAUUAGAAGAAAUCAUCACACCAUUUUUAUCAAAUAGUCUAAAAGCCAAUCGACAUGACAAACAGAGGAAGAAGAUCCUGAUUGAUGAGGUGAAUGAAAAGGAAGACACAUCCAAUCACAGCAGCCUUAAUGGACAUGGAAAUGGCAAAAGGAGGGAACGGCCUCCCAUCACCAAGCCCAGCAAUUCCUAUGAGUUUGAGCAGCUGAUGAGCGAGAUCCAAGCAGAGAAGGACCAGGAGAGAUGUGCUCAGCUACUGUCCCUCAUAGAUCCAAAGGACUUACCAACAUAUCUGAGCUACAAGCUGGACACAGAGACCCUUCUACUCAUUGCACUGUCCUUGAAACAUCAUGUCCUGGAGGAGAACCCUGCCUUAGUGUACCAGCACCUGUCUCACCUCAGCACAGCUGAUCGCUUUACGGUUGUCCUCUCCUUCCUCAGCCAGGCAGAGAAAGAUGAAGUUCAGGGCCUCCUUACCCGUCUAGCAGAGAAACAUAGUGAAGAACUGGACCCUGAUGCCAUAUCAAGCCUGGCAGAGCAAUAUGGACUCUGA